CGCAGAAAAAACCUGAAGCUGCGAUACUAGGGUUUAACACGAACGGCUAAAUACUAACAGAGAGAAAAUUAGUUCAGAUGAUCGUGUUCCCCAAAUGGUAGAAGGAAAAAAGCUGCAGACAGAAGCAGCCAUGGCGGAAGCAGAACAGAACGCUCCUUCCUCGCCCGAGUGUGAUGACCAAACAAAAAUCAACAAGAAGAAGCUGCGCAAGAGAAAAAGACCUCGUAAGAUUCAGCACAAACAAGAUGAGAAUGAAUCCGUAGAGGAAAAGAAGAAUGAGAGGAUUGACAGCGUAGAAGAAGAAGAAGAAGAAGAGGAGGAGGAGGAGGAGGAAGAUACAAAGGUGAAUAACGUUACAUCUGGAAUCAUGAGCACCGAGUCUUUCUCGUCUCUGGGAUUGUUAGAACCUACUUCCAAAGCUAUUACCGAUAUGGGCUUCCAUCAUAUGACUCAGAUUCAAGCGAGGGCAAUUCCACCGCUUUUGCUCGGAAAAGACGUUCUUGGCGCUGCGAGAACAGGUGCUGGCAAAACCCUAGCUUUUUUAAUUCCAGCGGUAGAGUUAUUGCACAACGUUCAAUUCACGCCGCGGAAUGGAACGGGUGUAGUUGUCAUAUGCCCAACCCGAGAGCUCGCGAUUCAGACGCAUGCUGUGGCGAAGGAGCUUCUCAAGUACCAUUCACAGACCCUUGGAUUGGUAAUUGGGGGUUCGGGUAGAAAGGGCGAGGCUGAGCGCAUUGUUAAAGGCGUGAACCUGUUGGUGGCAACGCCAGGCCGCCUUCUCGAUCACCUUCAGAAUACAAAGGGCUUCCUGUAUAAAAACUUGAAGUGCCUAAUGAUUGAUGAAGCUGACAGGAUAUUGGAAGCAAACUUCGAGGAAGAGAUGAAGCAGAUUAUUAACAUACUUCCAAAGAAAAGACAAACAGCUUUGUUUUCAGCUACGCAAACAAAGAAGGUUGAGGAUCUUGCCCGCUUGUCAUUUCAGACAACUCCUAUAUAUAUUGAUGUCGAUGAUGGCAGAAAAAAAGUCACAAAUGAAGGAUUACAGCAGGGCUAUGUUGUUGUUCCAUGUGCUAAGCGUUUUGUUGUUCUCUACUCAUUCCUGAGGAGAUAUCAGUCAGAAAAAGUGAUGGUCUUUUUCUCUUCAUGCAACUCUGUCAAAUUCCAUGCAGAUCUUCUCAAGUGCACUGGAUUGGACUGCUUAAAUAUUCAUGGAAAACAAAAGCAACAUGCCCGGACUACCACCUUCUUCAACUUCUGCAAAGCUGAAAAGGGGAUCUUGCUUUGUACUGAUGUUGCUGCUCGCGGACUUGACAUACCUGAUGUGGACUGGAUUGUGCAGUAUGAUCCACCUGAUGAACCAAAGGAAUAUAUCCAUAGAGUUGGUAGAACAGCUCGCGGUGAAGGUGGAAAAGGAAAUGCUUUACUUUUCCUGAUUCCUGAAGAAUUGCAAUUUCUUCAUUAUUUGAAGGCAGCAAAGGUUCCUGUGAAAGAGUAUGCAUUUGAUGAUAAGAAGCUUGCAAAUGUACAAUCUCAACUGGAGAAGUUGGUGGCUGGCAUUUAUCAUUUGAACUGUAUGGCUAAAGAUGCAUAUAGGUCAUAUAUAUUAGCAUAUAACGCACAUUCUAUGAAAGAUAUAUUCAACGUUCACCGCCUUGAUUUACAGGCUGUUGCUGCUUCAUUCUGUUUUACAAACCCACCGAAGGUGAAUCUGAACAUAGAUAGCAGUGCUUCAAAGCAUAGGAAGAAAAUACGCAAAGUGGAAGGAAAGAGAAGAUGAUAAAGGGAAAUUUGUAAAAGCAUGAGCGGGAGACAUGUCACGGCUGUGCAGUGGAUGUGAUUCCUACAUUCUCCCUCCCCAUCCAAAAAAGUUUUGUUAGGAACCCAAUUUUAUGUGGUUAGAUGGAUUUUAUUACUUUGUCAAAUGUUAGGUUAGUAAUUAUUUAGUGAUCAGAAUAUUUCAACUGAAAUGUGGCAUGUGCAUUUCUGAACUGUAAUAUUCGACAUGAGUUCCGGUUUCCCAUCUUACGUUUUCAAUUUGUAACCUUAUUUUUUCUGUUGUAAUUUCUAACAUCAAUACUCAACAGCUUUUGAAAAGCAACAACAAUACGGAACUGAGCUACGUCGAUCUUUUCUCCGUUAAUUAUGUAAGAUUUCAUUUAAGAAAAAGACUCGGUUUGUUUUUGGUUCUU